AUGGCUAUCCAAACUCCAAAACAAAGAAUUGCAAACCAAAAAUUCAACAAAAAGAUUGAACAAAGUAGAAAAUUAGGGAAGAAAAAGGUUAAAGAAGUUGAUCCAUCUUCCAAACCAGCUUUAUCAAAGAGUUGGAUAUACUUAUUGGCCUUUUUAAUUAUUGGUGGUGGUAUUUUAGAAUUAAUUAGUUCUUUCUUAUAA